GGCUCCGUGAGCUAGCCCAUUGGCUGGAAGGCUCCGGUGCCGGGCGGCCCGGCCCGCCAGAGGAGGGCGGCGCAGCAGGCCUGGUCCCGGAGGUGGCUACCGGCUUCAGCGAAACGAUCAUGGCAGCUCGGGCCGGUCAGAGAGCUCUAAGAAGAGUGGUCUCAGGAUACUGUCCUAAGUCGGUGACAGCGAUGGGAGCCCCGGCUCCGGCGCAGGGGUCUGCGCGGAAAGUCAGAUAUUUGGCUUCCUGUGGUAUACUGAUGAGCAGAACUCUUCCACUACAUACCUCAAUUUUGCCUAAGGAGAUAUAUGCAAGAACUUUAUUCAAAAUCGCUGCACCAUUAAUAAACAAAAGGAAAGAAUAUUCGGAGAGGAGAAUUUUAGGAUAUUCAAUGCAGGAAAUGUAUGAUGUAGUAUCAGGAAUGGAAGAUUACAAGCAUUUUGUUCCUUGGUGCAAAAAAUCAGACAUAAUAUCAAAGAGAUCUGGAUAUUGUAAAACACGAUUAGAAAUUGGGUUUCCACCUGUGUUGGAGCGCUAUACAUCAGUUGUAACCUUGGUAAAACCACAUUUGGUACAGGCAUCCUGUACUGAUGGGAGACUUUUCAAGCAUUUGGAGACGAUUUGGCGGUUUAGCCCAGGUCUUCCUGGCUACCCAAGAACGUGUACCUUGGAUUUUUCAAUUUCUUUUGAAUUUCGCUCGCUUCUACACUCUCAGCUUGCCACAUUGUUUUUUGAUGAAGUUGUAAAGCAGAUGGUGGCUGCCUUUGAAAGAAGAGCAUGUAAGCUAUAUGGUCCAGAAACAAAUAUACCUCGGGAGUUAAUGCUUCAUGAAGUUCAUCACACGUAAAAGGAAGGAAGAGCUGGUGUCGUAUACUUACAACUUCAGUUUGUUCACUUGUAAGAUUUUAGUGCUUUCAUGAUUUUUUUUUCAGAAGUCAGAAAGCAUUUGUUAAAUUCAGCUUUGAUUAUAAACCUGCACCGUUAAAAAUUUGCACAAAGCGUGUGGACCCACUUGUACAUAGAAUUGUCUUCAAUCAAGUGUAAUUGAGAGAAAUAUGUUCAUUAUCAUGUUCUGCAUUUACAAUAAUAGGAUGUCAUCACCAUUGCUAGAAUAUUGACAUUAUUAUUCUGAGCAGAAAUUGAAACUAUAGAUUCAGGGCGGCGCCUGUGGCUCAGUCGGUAAGGUGCCGGCUGAACUGCAACCAAAAAAUAGCCGGGCGUUGUGGCGGGCACCUGUAGUCCCAGCUACUUGGGAGGCUGAGGCAAGAGGAUCGCUUAAGCCCAGGAGUUGGAGGUUGCUGUGAGCUGUGUGAUGCCAUGGCACUCUACCGAGGGCCAUAAAGUGAGACUCUGUCUCUACAGAAAAAAAAAAAAGAAACUAUAGAUUUAAACCUUUUUUUUUUUUUUUUUUUUUGGUUUUUGGCCAGGGCUAGGUUUGAACCUGCCUCCUCUGGCAUAUGGGACUGGCGCCCUACUCCUUGAGCCACAGGCGCAGCCCUAGAUUUAAACCUUUUAAUGAAAGUGUUUAGUUGAGGUUCUCACACAGCAUGUAUUAUAUUAACCAUAUCACGCUUAAGUUAUUAAAUUCAGACUAUUUGUAACUUAUUGUUAUAAGGCCUUCCUGUGGCUUAGGAUAUUUUGAGUAAUAAUCAUAUAUUUCAAGUAAAAACUUUGAUUUAAAAGUACUGUUGAUGAAGGUUCCCUGGCACUUUAGUUAUUUUUAAAUUGCUUUUACAGGUGGUAGUAGAUAAUUCAGUGCCAUUAUGAGGUUAGCUCCCAGAUAAACAGUGAAUUUUGUUUUUGUUUUUGGUAAGUAGUCCAGAAUAGCUACCGAUUUCUAGUAGUUUGCAGCCUUCUUCCAGGUACUUUGGCUGCUCUUUCAGUAAUGCUACUUUUGUGUCAAAUUUUGUCUAUAACUGGUAGGCAACAGAUGAAGAUGAGUUUGUUGAUAUGUCUCCAACAGUAUGCAUCCCUAUUUUCUAUUUAUUGUGUGUACUCACUUUCAAUAAUGUAUUUCAGACUGAUAUUUUUUAAAGAAAUCAAUGUAAGGACUGAAAGAACAACUUAAUAAAGUUAAUUUGUUUAUUUUUUGUA